AUGGGUCUCGUCGGUUUGGCUUGUUACCGAUAUUGCAAUUUUCCAUUUCAAACGUGGGAAAUGAAACCGGAAUCGAAAAAUCAGAAUGGCGGCGUAGGAGUUUUACUUAACAUAACGGCUGCCGUCGCAAUCAUCGAAUUUUUAAUUAAAGACGGUAAAGUUUCGGUUAAUCAAUUACAAAAUGGAACCACGAACGCCAUGCAAGAACACGUCGGAAUAUUUUACAGGCCGAAAAAACUAAUCAAUAUUUUGCAAAAUGGCGGAGUCGACAUAUUUCCCCCGCCCGAUGUUUUCUGUUAUUUGGAGGGUACCGUUUUAAAACACAGAGCGGCGGAAAAUCAUUUGUAUCAUUGCAUGUCCGUCAUGUCUACGAGUCAUAAUUUUGCAUGGUCUCGAUGGAACGCACCAGCCGGAAGGAGAAACAUGAUAUUACAAAUGAGAGAAGUUACCGAUAAAAAACGUCCCCCGAAUUACAAUAUGUUACACGUGACCCCACUCAAGGCAAUUUUAGUUGAUUGCACGGAAGUUAGCGCGAGUUUCAACGAUGAAGGAAUACAAGGAAUGAAAUUCUAUUCGGAUUUAUACAAUUUGGCAAUGGAUCAUUGUAGCCAACAUGCAAAAGAAAAAAUCGAAAACGUUUCGUACGAUUUAUCGGAAACUAUAUGCGAAAUGCUUUGCGCCAUAAGACCCCUCAGCUUUUCAUAA